UGUGUAGAAUCUUGUUGCAAAUGUGUAAAUAAAGGAAUAAAACUUUUUAAAAUUAAGUUUUAGUUUAAAUCUAUUCGCACAAUUAGUUUUCGCAUCAAUUUAUUGAAGUUCAAUAAAAAAAAAAUAUAACAUGGCGGCAGAUCCUGAAUUAGAUGACGUAGCUUUUCUAUCAGGUGGAGAGGACAAUGUUAGACAAACUAAAAAUACAAUUAUUGUCUGUUCUCAAAAACGUGCCAUUUGUGUGGCAGGAUUGGUUUGUGGAUCCCUGUUGAUGACUGCCUUAAUAGUAGCAUAUGGAGGCACAGCAUCAGAUUGUUCAUGCUCCUCUGAACAUUCUCUGAGCACAAAUGCAAGUGCUUUCAAUGAAUCUGGACCAUUUAAGCCUAUAGCAACAAACGGGGACCUCUUUCCAUGGUUAAAUGCAAGUCUCCCAACUUUUGUCAAACCCAUUUCGUAUACUAUAACUGUUCAUCCUAAUUUAACGACCUAUGAUGUUAAAGGUCAGGUUGCAAUAGAAAUCGCUGUUGUAGAAGAAACACAGUACAUUAUUAUUCAUUCACAAAACUUGAACGUGACUGAAAGGGCAAUAAUGAUUAGCGGCAACAGAGGACACACCAUAAAAAUAAUAAGACUGCUAGAGUUUCCACCAAGACAACAACUUUAUAUUGAAUUUAAAGAAAAAUUGAAGAAAAAAAAUAAUUAUACAUUAAAUUUGAGAUGGUAUUCAAAACUUAAUUUUGAACCGCAUGGAUUUUAUCUGGAUUAUUAUGAAAAUUCUAAAGGCUUACAAAGAUUCUUAGCGGCUACAGUUUUUCAACCCAGAGGUGCAAGAAAAUAUUUUCCAUGCUUUAAUGAGCCUCAAUUUCGAACCCCAUUCAAAGUCUCAAUCUUUCGGGAUCGGUUUCAUAUUGGUCUUUCAAAUUCAAAUGUUCAUAAAACCGAAGAUGUUGGAUUUUAUAUGGGUACCGGUUUGCUUCGAGAUGAUUUCAUGGAAACACCUCGUCUAUCAACAGAUUCAAUAAGUUGGGUGAUAAGUGAUUUUGAAAGAAAAUCUCUAGAUGUUGAAACAGUACCAAUAAUUAAUUUAAAAACUCUCAAAAAACAAAAUGAAAAAGUAUCGAUAAAAUCUGAUAAGAAUAUCACAAAAAAUAAUAAGAAAAUCGCAGUUCGCAGUAUAGCAUCUUUAACACAUUCUCUCAAUUUAAAGACUCUUUCAAUGAACAAUUCUAUGUCUCCCAUUAUGUCAACAACAGUUAACAGGAAUUCACCAAAUAAUACAGCAAAACAUUUAAGAGAAAAUGUAUCGUAUACGUUUUAUGCUCCAGAGGACUUGCUUACUCGUGCAAAUUUAAUUAUGAAAUCAGCAAAGGAUGUUAUGAACUAUUUUGAAUCCUGGCUUGACAUUAAAUAUCCUAUGACAAAACUAGAUUUUGUCGCUCUUCCAUCUUUACAAAAAAAUAUUAUAUCAUCUUUAGGACUAAUAAGUCUUAAGAUAUCAUUUCUUUUGGAUCAAAAAUCUACGACCACAGAAGAAAAUCAAUUUUCUACUCUGCGAAUAAGUGAAGCAAUUGUUCAGCAAUUUUUUGGAGGAGUUACUUCAUCAACAUCUGCAAAAGAUAGUCUUAUUUGGCAUGGAUUGGUUAAAUAUUUAUCAAUUUUGAUUCUUUCAUCAUUGCACACUCAUUGGCCACUGCGGGAGAUGUAUACUCUUCAUUUGAUGACCAAAACAAUGGAUAUAGAUGCUAUGCAAGGAUGGGCUAGCAUAGUUAGCGCUACUGAGCUUAUUGGGCAGAACGAUGAGUUUUACGUUGAUAAGACGGUUGCAGUUUUUGGCAUGCUACAUUCCACAAUCGGAGAAACAAGAUUUAAGAAGUGUUUAGAACAGUUCUUAAAAGAAAAUUAUUUUCAAGUGGAUGAUGUGAAAAACGUAUGGAGCACCUGCAAUAAAUCAAAUGAUAUGAAACCAAAAAUAAAUGUAGAGGAAAUGAUGAGUUUGUGGAUGAAUAAGCAAGGAUUUCCAUUGAUCACAGUUACCAGAGUGGGAAAUAAUGUAACACUAUCACAAAGCCCUUUUAGACCCAAUUAUUCUGAACCAAUAAACGAAACGAUGUCUGAUCAUAAGAAGCCUGACAACAAGAAAAAUGAAAAAAAUGAAGGAACUCACUGGGCGCUUCCAAUUAAAUAUGUAACAAACAUGAAAAACUCUUCUGAACAGUUAUGGAUGAAUAAGGCCAAUGUUUCCUUUCAAGUUACUGAUGAUGUAAAAUGGAUAAAAUUAAAUGCUGGACAGAGCGGUUUCUAUAGAGUUUUGUACAACUCCGAAAAUUGGCAGAAUGUUAUUGAUGAACUAAUCAAAGAUCACAAUCAGUUCAGCCCAGAGGAUCGAGUUGGACUUCUUUCUGAUGCAUUUACGCUGUGCCACUCAAACCUAUUAAAUUGCGAAAUAAUUAUGAACAUGAUUCCAUACCUUCCGAAUGAAACAAAAUGGGGUCCAAUAACUUUGGCUUUCAGGCACUUAGAAAAAUGGCGAAGAAUUCUUAAAUAUUCAGAAUGUUUCUUAAUGCUUUCUGAGUUUAUUAAAACUCAGUUGGCAUCAAUAAUAGAGAAAAUUGGAUAUGUGGACGAUGGUGAUCUUGAAACUAAAAUGCUACGACCAGAAAUAUUGUUGGCCUCAAUUCUAUGGGAAGAUCGUGAUGUAAUUUUGAAAUCAAAGCUUGUAUUUAAUCAAUUCAUUUACGAGAAAAACGAGCCGAUUCCUCCAAAUUUGAGAGAGGUUAUCUAUACUGGCGCUAUUUUAUCUGGGGAGUAUGUUUUCUGGCAGUAUUGCUGGGAAAAGUUUCUCUCAUUGCAAAAUACAGCUGGCAACUUUACAGAACGUAUGCAACUUGUUCGUGCAUUGGGAAGAACAAAAGAUGUUUGGCUUCAAAACCGCCUCCUUUCACAUAUCACCCUGCUACCCACCACCGAAGUUGUAGAAGUACUUCAAUCAAUUGCGGGUACCCCAGUUGGUGGUGCCAUAGCAUGUCGUUUCUUGCAGGCCAACUGGUAUGAUCUACAAUCAAGAUUAGGUGAAGGAUCUGUUAGCUUUGCCAAAGUAAUUUCAACUAUAACUCAAUACGGAUCAACAAACUUUGAUUAUGAUGAGUUAAAAUCUUUACUACAUCGCUUUGGCCAUGGCCCUGGUUUGGAUAUACUCAAAAUGACGGUUCAAACUGUUGCAUCUAAUAAAGAAUGGGUAGCGAGGUCUCAAUCAUCACUUUAUAAAUGGAUAGAACAUAAUUUAAAUGUAACAUAAGUAUCAAAAAUGUAAAAAUUAAAAAAAUUCUUUUAUAUA